AUGGGCCUGGCCGACACACCUGCCGCACAACGACACCUGCGUCACGACGACACCUGCGUCACGACCACACCUGAUUGGCCUGGCGGACUGCAUGGCUUCACGACCACACCUGAUGGGCCUUGCGGACUGCACUGCCUCAUGACUGCUCCUGAUGGGCCUUGCAGACUGCACUGCGUCAUGACUGCUCCUGAUGGGCCUUGCGGACUGCACUGCAUCAUGACUGCUCCUGAUGGGCCUUGCGGACUGCACUGCCUCAUAGCUGCUCCUGAUGGGCCUUGCGGACUGCACUGCCUCAUAGCUGCUCCUGAUGGGCCUGGCGGACUUCACUGCCUCCCGACAGCACCUGAUGGGCCUGGCCCGACCUAA